AUGGAGGGGCUUCUCAGUGUGCCCCCUGACCGAGGCACCAUCAUCGGCAGAGCCGUAUGGAAGAUGCGCUAUGUCGUUGUAGGCGGCGCAAGCCGCGAGCAGAUGCAGCUCGCACCAAUCAACCGCAACGCCCAGUCCAACCGCAUUUCGACGCCGAUGGAACUGUCGAGGAUGUCUGCUGAGGGCGUGUUCCUCUCCAUCUACAAGUCAAAAGAGGACACAGAACCGAUACAGCAGCACUCAAUCAACUCUAUCGCCGACUGUCAGGUCCAGAUGCUGGCGCACCGCAAGCAAGGCCCAGUCCUUCCAACCUUGGUUAUCAAUGUUUUGCCAGAUCCUUCUUUGGACAAGGCCAGGAAGCGACGCUCGAGUAGAACGGCCGGCUUUAGUUCUCCGAGAGAUACAGGCCCGAUCACGCUCUUGUUCCGACCCGGAGACGAGCAUCAGAGCCUCCAGGACUGGGCCCGCUGCAUCCAACACCUCAUCCAGCCCCAUAUCCCGGACCGAGCACCCCUGAGUCCGUUAACACCAGCUUCGCCGACCUUUAUCAAUCCCUUCGCUCCUCGGUCGAGGGACGCCGCCGACACGCAGAGACCGGGUAGUGGGUAUGGCUCGCGGCCGGGAAUUUUCAAGAAUCCCAGUCAGCCACCCUCGGUCCGGGAUCGGCCCGUGACAUUCUCGGAUUCACCGAGUCUGCGUUCAAAACGGAGCGACCUCUCGUCACAAACCAGCUCAUUGACGCAGUCUCACAUGGGUUACCAAAAUUACACCACGAUGGUGCCCGCCGACCUCCCGUCCCCGGCCACUACAAUUGGGGAAUACCAAGGGGAAUUCAUUGAGGGUUGGACUUCGGCGCAGGGUAGGUCGUCAGCGCUCAACUCGCCCAUGAGGGGCCGUGACAGCGUCAGUUCCCAGGCGCCGACUUCGCUGCCGCCAAUACCGGAUUCCAACUCACCCUCAGGACCGCGGGAAACGAUUCUCGAUAGAGCAUUUCAAAUGCGUUGCAUACCAGGGUCAGAACGCGAAGUUCCUGGGGAGGAGAAGCUGAGUUCCUUGGCACGGUUUGACGCCUUGAUGAGGGAAAUGGACGAGAAGAGGAGGCAACGGGAAGCUGCGGAGGCCAGGGAAAGACCGCAGGCUGGAGUAACGACAUCGGCGAAAGCGGAAUUGCCCGAGUCAAGAAGCGCUUUCGAUGACGACGGCUCGGAUUCCGAUUUGGAGGAGGAAGAAGAUGACAGCGACGAGAUCGUAGAAGAAGCAGAUGUUGAGGACGAGUUUCCUGCAUCAACACCAGCUCAGCGGGCUCUGGAUUAUAUUGCCGGCAGAUACGAAGCUACCCAGCGGCGUCGACCUGCAUCAUCACGAGCACAUGGCUUCCGAUCCACGCCCAGCUACAACCACGAUGCGUUCAUGGCGCUGUCGAGCAGUGGGCCUUCUCAAACGCGGCCCCAGACGGGCUACUCCAAGCACCGGAGUCGGCCAGGGAUGGCCCAGAGAACGCACAGCCAGCCACACCUGGCGACGAUACUGGCCUCAUCAACACCCCUCGACGUGGCAAGGGAUUCCGAGGAAAGCAACGGGUUCAGUUUCACGCCAGGGUCACCAUCAGCCCUGCACCGCAGCUCGACCGAAAAGCGAGCCUCGACAUCGAGCGCCAAGCGCCUCAGCUUUACCGAGUUCACCAGGCGGCUAAGCAGCACAAGCAGUUUGCUUCUCAUGCAGACAAACGCCAGCGGCCCCGCUAGCAGCCGGGCGAGCAACAGCGAUAUGGACCUACAACAGCAGCUGCCGUCGUCACAGUCGCCUCAACAUCUACACCACCUGCAUCCCAGGGCGGGUCCGCCGGCGUCGCUUCAGCACCAGCAGCCGCCGCAGUCUCCGCCGCAGACGGGUGAUCGCGAACGGUGCGCCUGGCGGGGCAGCUGUGUGUUUGGCGCCGGCGAGGGUGGCUUCAUGUGA